UAAAGCGGUGAUCGUAGGAAAAUUGCUGCUACGACUUAGAAAAAAUAGAAAGAGGAGACAAUAAUUUGAGAUAACAGUUUCCGUGUGACUUAAUUUGUUAUCUGGACUUGUGUUAUUGUGUUAAGUUUCCCCAUUACAGUGUGUCUUAACUGAAACCAUUACAACAACUCAACCGGCUUGCAGUUUGGUACUCGCGGGGAGGGAUUUAUCCCCGGUCCCCUGCUAGUUAGUGAGCUAGCGAGAGGAGCUAGGCUAGCGAGCUAACUAGCGUGAGCUGCAGCUGCUCUGCUCUGAGCAGCUGGUAUUCCUGCAUCAUUUAAACUGACUACGUGAGUAACUGGUGUAUAUUUUAUAGGUUUGAGUGGUUUACCCGUUGGUGCAGUGUUUAUAUUACUAUUCUAGUGCAGAAAUACCUGAGAGACGCUACCUCUUUCAGCUAAACCUCCACCAAUCUAUGUGCUUAUUGUUAGCGGAUUUGUUUUCGACUUCAAGGAAAUACAUUUUUUGUCAGCAAUCAGUCAUGGAGAAAGAUGCUCCUGAACAACAGAAGGAUGGCGAUGCAGCUGUUGGUCACCCCAAGCAACAGCUAUUGGCUACAGCUCCAUACAGAUACACCAAGGAAGAGCUUCUGGAGAUCAAAGAAUUGCCCAUUUCCAAUGAAAGACCUGAAUGUCUCUCAGAUAAAUAUGACAGUGAUGGUGUGUGGGACCCCGAAAAGUGGCAUGCCUCAUUGUACCCCUCAUCAGAUCGAGGCUCUCCAGUGGAAAGCUUUAAAAAGGACUACAUGGAUGAUAGAGUUCCUUUAAAACGAAGAAUCCCAGAUCCCCGUGAGCGGUUAAAGGAGGACGACUAUGAGGUUGUACUGAGUCCACAGCGACGAAGUUUUGGAGGUGGAUGUCAAGGCAAUGCUCUGCCUCCAUCUCACAUUCGUCGUCCCAUCAGCCCCCUGGAAAAUAAGGAAAAUGAGACUCUCCGACUAGGAAGGGCUGGAAAAAUUGGGAGUGGACGUAUUAUUGCUGCUCGUGCUUUUGAGAGAGAAGCCCGUUCAGAGAAGGAGCGGGAACGUGAGAGAGACUUUAAGGAUAAAAGAUUCAGGAGAGAUUUCACUGACAAACGAGUGUUUAGUGAGAGGAGAAGAAACGACUCGUAUGCAGAAGAGGAACCAGAGUGGUUUUCAGCUGGUCCCACUAGCCAGUCUGAGACAAUUGAGCUGACUGGAUUUGAUGACAAAAUCCUGGAAGAUGAUAGACGCAGAAACAAGCGAUCAAGGAAGCGCACAGAAUCUGUGAAAGAAGCUGUGGAAUGUAAUGGUGGAUUAGCUGAGGAGCAAGAUGUUGGUUUGCAGUCUACAGCAGACCAGGAAGUUCCCCACCCUGAUGUUUUACCAGAGCAGGCAACUGGAGACUUUGACUUCAAUGAAUUUUUCAACCUAGAGAAAACUAUGCCUGGACUGGCUUCUAUGAUAGAGGAUGUCUUGGGAGAGGGCCCUGUAUCAGCAAGCCGUUUCAGUCAGUGGUUCUCCAGUAACAUGAGCCCAUCAGGCAGUCAGUCGAGCAGUUUGAGAUCCACUCCUCAUGAGGAGCUGGAAAAACUUGCAGUGUUUGAGCCACGCUCGACAUCACCCAAUCUAGGCCCAGCCUCAUACUUCACACCUAUUCAGUCAUCUGAGUGCAAAGAAAAAGUGGACAUCUUGGAGCUGCUGCACAAGGCCAAAAUAGACCUGAAGCCCCUUCUGUCCACACUGUCGGUCAACAAAGCUCGGCUACGGGAAAGCACUAAUUGUGGGGCGGUGCUCUCUUUGGAAGAAGUGGAGGGUGGGAUGAAAGGAAUGAAACUUGGUCCAGAACCAUAUGUGCGGAAGGUGUCUCCUCCACAGAGAGGAAACAGUACCCCCUUUAUGGCUGAGCAUUUGGAGGAGGCUUUGACUGGUGGCUCUAGUAGCAGACCACACUCGCGAGACACAGACAUGUCAGCUUUUAACAAACUGGUCAACAGCAUGAAGGCAAGUGGAACUCUGCCAACUCACCCCAAACCCAACACAAAAAAUCAGAAACCUCCAGACCAAGGUGUGGUAACAUUGUCUGAUACUCGGCAGCAGAAAAACAUAUUCCAGGAUCUUCUGGGAGGCUGUAGUGAUUCCUCAGCACACAUAAGCAGUCUGUUGGCCCCUUCUGAAGCUCCAGUAACUGGUUCCCAUUUACAUGGCUUACUACAUAAGGGCCCUUCACCGCCUCUCUUCCCACAGAGGGCAAGCUCCCCUGAGUAUUUCAGGAACAGGUUGCCACCAUCAGCAGGGUUUCCUAUUGGUCCUCCGUCCAUGCUGCCAGAACAGUUUUCUGAGGUACACAGGUCUAUCAGCCCUGCACAGCAACAGAUGAAUGUGCUGUCUGUACCUGUAACUCAGGCUGACCUAGAAGUUUUGGCUUUCCAGCAGGACCUCGCUUUACAUGCCCACCACUCUUUUCAGUCGAACUACAACAAGCUGCCACAGGACAGGGCUUUUCGAAAUAGACCACAGCGUGUCAAUCGUUCCCCUGGACCCCAGCCUGGUGGGAGAAACUCCCCUGGAAAUACUGUUACCAGCAUGUUGUCUCCAUCAUUUACACCCACAUCUGUGAUACGCAAAAUGUAUGCAACGAAAGAGAAGAGCAAAGAUGAACCAAGUCAUUCUGAGACGAAGGACGAGGCAGCAGCACACUCACAAGACGGCAACGGCUCUCCAAAUCUAUUCCAUGAAGAGAUGGAUGGAAAUCUUACCCAGUCAGGAGGAAUAAAGGCCAACUCACACACUUUGCAAAGCAAGGAUCAAGAGCGUCUCAGGCCUGGGUCCACUGGACACCAUGCAGCCCCCAUGGUACCACCAGGAUCAUCUUCAUCUUUUCCUCGUCCUGUCUACCCAGUCCCACUGAUACCUCAUGUACCCAUGAUGCGUGCACCUCCUCAACUCCAUCCCAGUGUGGUUCAGCGAAUGCUGGCACAAGGGAUCCAGCCUCAACAAAUUGGGCCUGCUCUUGUGCAAGCAGGUAUAUUUCCACCACAUGUGGACCUUGCACAACUUCAAGGCUUGCCUCCUACCCUGCUUGGACAGCCCCUCUACCCUAUAAGUGCAACAGGGCAUCCACUUCUACCUCCCAGAGCCAAUACUCAGAUGCAGUUGGCAGUUAUGCAGCAGCAAAGACCAAUACACCCUGGCAUCCAAGGCACUCAGUCACAGAACCAGGGCUCCCACCGGAUAAACGGCUCCCAGCGACAUAGGGGUAGCCCCCCUCUAGGACUCUCCAAGUGGUUUGGAUCAGAUGUGCUGGAGCAGCCACUGCCUUCCAUGCCAGCCAAAGUCAUCAGUGUAGAUGAAUUGGAGUUUCGGCCAUAAGACAAUAUUAGCUGUGCUCUAAAGUGAGAUUAUUAUUUCCUUUCCUCCCCUUCCUUCUGCUCAGCUCCAUCUCCAUCUCCCGUUUGCCAUGAAAAUGUGAACUAUAAUUUGAAAGACUAAAGAUCGUGGACAGGAUAUUGUACCCAUGCCAUGCUUUUUCAUCCAUCUUUAGUCACUGCUUUCAAAGAGGCAAGGGUUGUUUAUUUUUUUAUUUUUUUUUUGUAUUAGAUGUACAGAUGAUAAAAUAAUAUUCUGUGUAAAUAGCCUUUUUUCUUUUCCUCCCCCUCCUUUCCUGGGAAGGGGAAUCUGAGUUGCAGCUCAAGUAAAAUGACACAAGAUCACCAAGAGCUGGGAGCAUAUGUUGAGUCCACCGUAACACCCAAUGUAGGGGAAAAAUGGCCAGUGUUGGUGGUAUUGAUGUGAAUAAUAUAAUUUCCAGUCUUUUUUUUUUUUUUUUUUUUUUCUCCUCUCCUUUUUAAGGAGGCAAAGCAUAAUGGGGCAAGCCUGGGGGUGCAGCAAGAUGGUUGUGCCUUUUUUGUGGUUGGGUUUUUUUUUUUGGGUGCCCCCCUCCCCCCCAAUUGUAUCAUCUCAAUGUAUCACUAAGGGGGGCAGAAUUGCUCACAUUCAGUUUUGAGGGUGGUUGGGGUUGUUUGUGUGCUAUUAAGUUAUAAAAAGCACAGAUUAAAUAAAAAAUCUUGAGUAAAAUGCUUGGGUUUUUAAAUUAUUUUGUAUUCAGCACCUGUUAGCGAGCUCUUAUUGGAGAUGGCUUUGAAGGCUCUUUUUAAUCUAAAACGUACUGCACAAAAAAAUGGAUCGGAAAAGUAUUUGAAAAUCUUUCCCAAUGUACAUUUCAUAACUUCCAAAACUGUUGGUAAUCAGAUUUAUAGCCCUGAAACUUAAAUUACUUGAUGUACUGUGAAAUGAGUGUGAGAGAC